AUGAGAUUAAAAUUAAUCACAAUUUAUAAAAACUAUUUAAAGGUGUUACUUAUGUCAGUAAAAGAAAUGGAUACCAUUCAAUCUUCAUCUUGUGAAAAUAAUUUAAAGCAAGUUCUGACAUCCAAAGAAUGUGAACCAACAAAUUUUAGAAAUAACUCUCACUCUGCCAGAAUACUGGAAGAUUUACAAUCUCUACGCAAAAAUGAAGUUUUAUGUGAUGUUAGAUUUGUAGCAGAUGAUGGUAAAAUUGUAAUUGGACAUAAAAUUGUUUUAGUGGCAGCUAGUCCAUAUUUCCGUGCAAUGUUUAGUAAUUUUGUUGAGAACAAUAAAGAUUUUGUUACUAUAAGAGAAUUAGAUUCCACCAUUUUACAGCUAUUAGUAGAUUAUAUUUAUACUGGAGAAAUUAUGGUCACAAAAGAAAAUGUACAGGUGUUGUUACAAGCUGCAAGUGUCUUACAGCUAGAUUAUGUAAAUAGUGUAUGUGCUGAGUUUUUACAAAAAUAUCUGGAUCCAUCAAAUUGUAUUGAUAUCAAAGCAUUUGCUGACUUACAUAAAUGUACAGGAUUGUUGUCGAGUUCUGAAGCAUAUAUUAAACAACAUUUUUUAGAAGUAGCUAAAAGCAAAGAUUUUCUAUCCUUAUCUUCUGAAGAUUUGGUGAAGCUUAUUUCCUCUAUUGAUGUUGCCGUUCCAUUUGAAGAAAAAGUAAUUGAAUGUGUUAUCAAAUGGGUAAAACAUGAUUUGGAUCGUAGAAAUUAUUUUUUGCCAAAAUUAAUGGAACAUUUACGUUUGCCAUUAUUAAAGCCUGAUAUAUUAUUUAAUAUAGUAAACGAACCUCUUCUAAUGAAUAAUCCUAAAUGUUACAAUUAUGUAAUUGAAGCGUUCCAUUUUAAUCUACAAAAAUCAUGUCAUCAUUUCGCCAUUCCACAAACGAUAAGGUGUCAACCUAGACAAUUUGGUGGUUCUCAAAAAGUUAUUUUAAUGUUUAACCGGUCUGAUACAUCGCCAAAGUGUUCUACAGAAUGGUAUGACCCUGUAACCAAACUGCGCGAGAAUGCACCAGGGAUAAAUGAUUGCCGUCGGACAGCUGGUCUUUGUGUAAUAAGAGAUCAAUUUGUGUUUGCUGUGGGCGGUGUAAAUGGAUCAAGUUCAAAAUCUGUUAGUUUACUUGAUGUAUCUUCACGAUCACCCUCUUGGGUUCCUAUGGUCGACAUGUUAGUUAGUCGACAUGGAUUAGGAGUUGGGGUAUUGGAUGAUUGUAUAUAUGCAGUUGGUGGACGUGAUGGUACCAAUUUACUAAAUAGUGUGGAGAAAUUUGAUGGAAUUAUUCAAAAAUGGCAAAUGGUUUCGAGUAUGUCAAUUCAGAGAAGUAGUGUUGGUGUUGGUGUCCUCAAUAAACGUUUAUAUACAGUUGGAGGUUAUAGUGGUAAAUUUUUAAAAUCAGUGGAAUAUUAUGAUCCUACACUUGACACAUGGAAUCCAGUUGCAGAGAUGUCUGAGUAUCGUCAAGGUGCUGGUGUAGGAGUCAUGGAUGGUAUUCUAUAUGCUAUUGGCGGCUUUAAUGGGCAGUAUCUUAAAAGUGCUGAAAUCUAUAGACCUGCUGAUGGAAAUUGGUGUCCUAUAGCUCACAUGCAUUUGUGCAGAUUCAGACCCGGAGUAGUCACAUUAAAUGGUCUAUUAUAUGUUAUUGGUGGAGAAAUUGAUGCAUCUGAUGUUGAUACUGUAGAAAUCUAUGAUCCAAUCACCAAGACUUGGACCAUGGAAACAUUGUCAAGACAUGGGGUCCGAAUUUAUGGUGGAGUGGUUGUUAGUAGACCACAUCAUUAUCAUUAAUCAGCUUUCAGAAGUACUCAUUGUUAGUUCCUAAAACUUGUAGUAAUAUGAACAAGUUUUUGUUUUAAUUAUGAUGACACGUGUAUUGAAGAAUGUUUUUUUUAUAAUUUAUAUUUAUUAUUUUCAUAAAAAUGUCAUAAAUUAAAUAUGUAUUUUUUUUGACAAAACUUAAAAGUAACAGUGAAUUUUUAUAGUUUUGUUUUAAAAUGAUUAAAUUCAAAGUACCACUGUGC